AUGGUAAUCGGGCCAGAGGCUGCAAGAGAGCUCGCAAAUUACCCCCGCCGCUUCGACUGUUCAGGCGCCUGCUCUAACUGUACGCGUCAGAGCUUCGAGCACUUCAAGGAACACGACUGCACUUGUGCCUUCGGCUACAUCGCCUGUCAAAGCUACGAACGCGGCAUCACCUAUCUCCAUGAAGAGGAAAUACAAACUGUUUCGCGCGCGGCCGGUGUGGAUGUAAAAAUGGAGGAACUUUUACGCCAGAUACCGGAGCUCGGCGAGAAACACAAACUCGUCAAGUACUGCUUGCACGCGUGCUACGAUACACCGGAAGACGACAUAGCACCCAACCACCACAAAGACUAA